UCUCUAUCUCUCUCUCUCUCAGUCAGCCGUCGUAGUUGUUUUGAACCCUGUGUCCCAUCCAGUCCUCUUAGGGUGUAGCCAGCCAGGACUUCAUUUCCCAGGCGGCACCGAGAUUUGACAGUCCGAGCUACCGAGGAGAGCCACGGCUGGAGGGUGGCAGAAUAUUGAGUCCUUUUCUUUGUAGCUCUUUAUUUUUAAGUCUCAGUUUAGCCACGGUCUCGUCUUUGUCAGUGAAAACUCCGGCGAGCCCCAAUCUCCUGCCCCGCCACACGCUUUUAAACAGAUAUGAGCGGCAGCGGGCGGCCCAGGACGAGCUCGUUCGCUGACCCUCCCGGCGCCGCUUCAUCAUCCGCGGGAUCAGCCGCUGUCGUGGGGAGUAACACGGGAAAGACCGGGGACUCUCAGGCCUCGGGGGGAAGCGCAUCUAAUCUGAAGUUGGGCAGACCUGGAGGUGAGGUGACUACCGUGGUUGCCACCCCUGGCCAGGGUCCAGACCGUCCCCAGGAAGUGUCCUACACGGACAUCAAGGUGAUCGGUAAUGGCUCUUUUGGUGUGGUGUAUCAAGCACGCCUCAUUGACACCCAGGAACUGGUGGCCAUCAAAAAAGUUCUUCAAGAUAAAAGGUUUAAGAACCGAGAGCUACAGAUCAUGAGGAAGCUGGAUCACUGUAACAUAGUUAGAUUACGGUACUUCUUUUACUCCAGUGGUGAGAAGAAAGAUGAGGUCUAUCUGAAUCUGGUGCUGGACUUUGUGCCAGAAACAGUGUACAGGGUGGCACGGCAUUUCAACAAAGCCAAGACCAUCAUUCCUAUCAUUUAUGUGAAGGUCUAUAUGUACCAGCUGUUCCGCAGUCUGGCCUAUAUCCAUUCCCAAGGUGUGUGUCAUAGAGACAUUAAACCACAGAAUCUGCUGGUGGACCCAGAGACAGCUGUGCUCAAGCUCUGUGACUUUGGCAGUGCAAAGCAGUUGAUAAGAGGCGAGCCCAACGUCUCCUACAUCUGUUCCCGGUAUUACCGUGCACCCGAGCUCAUCUUUGGGGCGACUGACUACACCUCUAACAUAGACAUCUGGUCGGCUGGCUGUGUGCUGGCUGAGCUGCUGCUGGGACAGCCUAUUUUCCCUGGAGACAGUGGCGUAGACCAGCUAGUGGAAAUCAUCAAGGUGCUGGGCACUCCAACAAGAGAACAGAUUCGAGAAAUGAACCCCAACUACACAGAAUUCAAAUUCCCACAGAUCAAAGCUCACCCUUGGACAAAGGUCUUCAAGCCACGGACUCCUCCUGAGGCGAUCGCUUUGUGUUCUCGGCUUUUGGAGUACACACCAGUGACACGCCUUUCUCCGCUUCAGGCCUGCGCCCACGCCUUCUUUGACGAGCUGCGUCAGCCGGGCACACGCCUGCCCAGCGGGCGUGAACUCCCCCAGCUUUUCAAUUUCACCACAACCGAGCUGUCUAUUCAACCUCAGCUAAACCCCACUCUCAUUCCACCUCAUGCCCGUGCACAGACUACGUCCUCUUCACACGGUAAUGAUACCAUCCACCAUCCUGCUCCAGUUAGGCUGUAAGAGUGGCUGAGGUUCCAACAAUGGUUCAGACGGUUCGGGACAGCCCAACUCGACUCUGACCAACAGCGCCUGAAGCACUGACAAGUUCAAACAAAUGUGCAACCAAUCUGAGCCACCUCCUCAGUACACACCUAAACAAACGCACUCAUGCACACUUACCUCAUACAUGGUUUCUCUUCCCUAUUAGGUCUGAACCUUCAGAAAAAAAGGAGGAAAAAAAGUAAACUCUCAUUCUCUCAUUUAGUCAUUCAGGUUUUGCCUCUGACAUUUCAGUGUCUUCAGUGACUGACAAUUGUGUACUAUUUUAACAGAGAUAAUGGUUUAGAAAGGUCUACAACUACUACUGAUCCAGUUGUCUAAGCUGCAUACACACAGACAUAUACACACACAUACAUGUGCACACAGACAAACAUACACAGAAACCUACAUACACACGUUUUGUUCCUGCUAAAUCUAUUCUGGUUAAUGUCAGUCAGUCGUUUUUGAAGUGAGUGUCCUGACCAGCUAUGCCUGUUAAGGACACUCAUAACACAAAACAGGUUAUGGCUGUUGUUAACAGUCACAUCUCUGGUUGCAGGGAUUGAAAAUUAUCGAUAUUAAAGUGGCAGGAGGGGCAGGUCCUCUGUCUAAUAAUGUACCUUUUUUAUUACCUUUAAUUUAAUUUACCUUUCUUUUUUUAUUGCAUCUUAAUUUAUUUGACUGCACAUUUAUUAAAGAAGGAUGGUGAGAUGGCAGAACUGUUGUCCUGCUUCAGCCGGCAAAGCGACUCCUCCCAACCCUCUCUCUCGUCAUGUGGAGCGAUAAACUCAAGCAAUUGAAGUCACUCAUGUCGCUGAUCUGAUUUUAAAUGAAUAUAGUAACGGAAAAAGCCAUGUUUCCUUUGUUUAAAGCUAUUAUUAAAUUAUACUUUUAAACCUUUUAAAAAUGGAUUUCCUCCUCUCUUUCUUUCAUCCAUAUAUUUUAAGUCAGGCAGAGGUGAGGAGUAAGGUGCAUUUUUAUUUUUUUUAUUAUUAUUAUUCUUUUUCUUUUCUUUUUUUUUCUUUUCUUUUUUUGUUAUUUUUUUUUUUUUAAAUGACUGCACAGUCCAAUGCUCACAGUCGGCUGUAGGUCAUAUAUAUUUACAGCUGAGGCUUAAAAGUCGAAAACCACAAAAAGUAUCCUGUGCAAUUCCACGUGUGUGAUGGAUACCCUGGACAAACGAAUGGAGAGCACUUUAAGCUUUACGUUUGUUCUUAAAAAAGGGAAAACUAUAACAUGAGUUGCGUCUUUGAUUGCUUUGCUGAGGGUGUGUGUGUGUGUGUAGUUUUAAGUUCAUCUGAUGUGAACACAUUGGGAUAAUAGACAGGCUAGUGUAAGCCAUUGUACUGUAGUGCUCUGUUCUUGGCAAAGUUGAGGGAUCCAAGUGAGUGUGCACAUGUGUUCGUAUCAAUGUGAGAUAGUUACAAAGCAAUUUCAUUAAUUAGCCUGUGUUUACACCUGGUCGCUUUAUUAGGAUUAGGUUUAUAUCUAGAUGUUUAAGCAUAAUGCAAGUGUACACUAAAAUGUAUUAUGAAUCUGAUUCAUUAAACCACUUCAGGUGGUGGUCAGGUGGAGACACAUUUGAGCCACAUGUUGUUAUAGCAGCGUAAAAACACAUCAGUUUCUACAAGCUGCACUUUCAAGCAAUUGAAUUUUAAUCGAUUUAAUUGGAGGUGCUUUUGGCUAUCAAGUGUAAAUGCAAGAGGUUUAAAUCUUUCAUGAUACAAUUCAGAUAUCAAUUCAGGUGUAAACAGUGUCUAUACGUCUUUUUUUUAUCUGAAUUGGAUCUGUAUUAGACCAAGCCACUUAAAAUUGGAAGUGGAAACACACCCACCCAAGAUGCAUUUAACAUACAUACAAACAUGCAGUUUGCAUACCUACACUUAUACAUACAAAUGUGAUCACUUAAACCGCUUUAAAAAGUGGUCUAAGACUGCUUUGAACCUGACCUAUUUUCUAGCAGUAUAAACAAAUUCAUUGUAAAAGGUUAAUUGGUAAUUCCAUCCCAGCACAACAGUUGGAGUUUUAAACUGACAUACUGAAGACACAUUUGACUACAUGUGGUUAAAAUGCUAUCAGGGUACUGUACAAUCCAGAUACUAGUCAAUGUGAAGUGACCAGGUGUAAGAGUUUUAAAAGGUGUGGCUGUAAGAUUAGGAGUUUUUUUGCCUGUCUAGGGAAAAGCCCUGUCUAGAUAUGGAACAAUACUUAAUCCUGUUUUUUUUUUUUUUUUUUUUUUUUUAAGUAACCAUUAAGCUGCUUUGGUUAUCUCUUAUUCUCCUUGGACUUGUAAGAAGUGUUUGCACUGUUCUUUUAAUUUUUUUUAACAGUUUUAUCCCAAUAAUUCUCUUCAUUUUAGGGAUUUGUAUCUUCUGUGAGACACAGCAGCACAGCAAUAGUAGAAUUUCGGUGUGAAUAGAAUAGAAACCAGGCCUGAUCCGAUCUCUGUUGUCAGUAUUGGCCAGUGGAGCGACGAUUGAUUAAUCGGUAGUGAACCUAAACUUGUCUGCCUAAACAUCUGACCUGAUCUUUCCUCCCAACGAGGAGCUGUCCUACACAGGAAACAUAUCUCUCACACUUUUUUGGUGAAGCCAUCUUCCAUAGAGAUCCAUCUUCCCCUCUUUACGAACGAUCUGUGAAGCUUUCUUGAUAAUCUUCCAUUUUAUUGGUUUGUUUUUAUUUUUGUUUGGUCUUUUUCUUCCCCUUUUGUGUUGUGGAGUGGGUAUGUUGAAGCUUUGUCCUGGUCUGAUCCACUCAUCCUUGUGUAAAUAUAUUUUGUUUUAAAGCAGAUUUUUUUGUUUUAAAUGUAAAUAUUUCAAUUGAAUUUUUUUGGGGUUGUUUUUGGACACCCCUCAAACCAGUGUCUCCUUUUUUUCUUUCUCCAUCUCUCCUGGGUCGUCUUCAUCAGCUAUUUGCUAGCUUUUAUUUAUUGUUUUUUCUCCUUCCUCUUCCCCUUUCUAAGCAUUGUGCUUUUGUCCCCCCACCCCCAACUGUGUGCAAUGUAAUCCUGUUUUAACUUGUACUGUAGGCCUACUAGGGUCCACAUCUUUGGCACCUGAAAUCAACCCCUAAGUUCAGGUGAAGAACGAUUGAUGAAUGUUUUUGAACAGGUGUCUUGUUACAUCUGUGUAACUUGCCGCUACAAAGUAAAUAUGUCCAAGCGACUUGUUUUCUGUGACCUUGUUUUAGUCUUGUCUGAUUUUUAAAGAUGGACAUUUAAACAAGUGCGGAGCGCAGAGAUGUGCUCUGAAAACCAUGGUCCUAUAUCCUUUGUGUUGUGAAGGGAACAGUCUCUGAAACUGAGCCGGCUGCUUAAAAUGUAUACGCCAGACUUGAAAGGGUGUAACAGGUCAACUUUGAGCCAUGAAUGAGAUGCUUGAAUGACGGGGGAUCAUAGAUGUAUGUUCUUCAUUUUCCACAGCUUUGAAAACUGUUCCUCUGCGUUCUUCUAUACUUCUAAAAAAUGUUCAGUUUUAUUCAUUACACUUAUUUUUAAAGCAGAGAUCAAUGGUUGUAUGUAUCAAUUGCUGGAGUUGCUUUAAGAUGUGAGAUGCAUACAAUGAUGUUGGGGUUGUCUACUGAUCUCAGACAUUAGAGUACGAGUUCAGGUUUAUUUGUAAUUAUUGUUUUGUCAAAUUGUUUUCUCAUGAUCUGAUGAUACACAUUUCAUAGUUUGCAUCAUAAAGACACAUUGAUGCUGAGAAUGCAAAGCCCCUUUCCGUUUGUUUCCUUUUUUACUUAUCUCUUUAUCUGGAAUCCCCUCAAAAUGUGUUACUUUUCAGUUUUUCCCCCUCUUGUCAACAUUCUGGCCCAGGGUUAAUGGGAGACUUGAAUGUUGAUAGAAACAGAGAGAUGGAUUGAUGGAUGGAUAUACUGUCUGUUUGUCAGUAUGAACUGAACUCAUUUAAUAAAGUGAAAAGUGAACUUGAA